CAAACCAACCAAACCAUGUGCGUGCAAUGCGCUUGGUUCGUUUGCUAGUGAAGAAGAGCUUGAUAUUCUGACGGGUUUAGCUCGGUUUUCUACAAUACCAGACCCGUUGGUGGCAGCACGAGCGGCGCGAGCGUUUAGCCGGAGCGACCCAACGAAAGCUCGUGCUGCGGUUCAACGCGUUGGCGCGCAGUCUUCAAUCGUCGACUCGUCGGUUCACGAAGAGAACGCAUCCUCUUCAGGUUCCCCUUUGUCUCUCCCUAACUUGCUGCACUCAGUAGGCGGCAUGGAAGGAGGUUUGCCAAGUGUCGCUGGUGACUUUGUUGAAGACUACUUGGAGCACACGUGGCGAAGACGGGCUCAGCGCUACAGGCGACGGCUGAGAGAAUUUUUCAUGCCAUCUGGGCUCCAUGGCACGUUCCGUAACCUAAACGCGCUAGCCGACGGGAGUUCUCCCGCCUCGGAGGACUUGGAAAACGAAGACAGGCGCGGUUGCUGCCGCAAGUGCAUGGACUUCGUUGUGACACUGCGGCUCGAAGCGUUCUUUUUUCUCUUCACCCUCGCCUACACCAUGCAGUAUGCCACAACAGCCAAUCUGCUUGAACUGAAGGCCUGCUACCAGGUUCUUAACGAGACCAAGGAAAUCUGUGGGAACUUGACAGAGAAUUCGAAGGAGCACGUCAAGGUUCGGAACAUUGCUACGUUAUACGUUAUAUACCAGUCGCUUGUUGGGUUUUUGCCGGGAGCAUUGAUCACUCUUGUUGUUGCAAGUUGGUGUGACGAGUCUGGCAGGUUCAAAAUACCGUUGUAUGUUUCUCUCGUUGGCAGCAUGCUCAAGAUUUCUGGGGAACUAGUAACCGCGAUCUACGUAGAUGCGUCUAUCUACUUCAACAUAAUCUCUGCCAUUCCUGAAGGCCUGUCUGGUGGCCUUCCAGCGGUUCUUAUGUCGUCUUACACUAUUACGGCACUGUCGUCUUCUAGGAAACAGAGGACCGUGCGGUUCUUCACGUUGCAGAUCGCCUUUGUUAUUGCACUGCCGGUUGGUCAGCUAAUCACUGCCCUCACAUUUGUCAAGUCAGGUAGGUUUGUUCCUCUUAUGGGCUCCUCGCUAGGCAUCCUCGCUCUGUCAUUCCUGUGUGCUGUGUUCCUAGUCAGGGAUAUGGCUCCCUGCGUUGCGGAAGAUCCAGGAAAUGUCCCAGCUCCUGGAGAGUCUCCAUCAGGAGCAGUAUCGUCCAGCGCAAGACCUUAUAAGCUAGUCAGGCAUCUCUUCAGUACGAGGCAUUUGGUGGGCAGCAUCCGCACUGUCUUCGGCCGUCACUACGACGUCGACCGCUUUCGGAUCCCGCUGCUCGUUCUCUCUGUGUUUCUCCUUGUGCUGAACAGCCAGACUUCUUUCAUGGGUUACUUCUACGCAAAGAAGCAGUUCAACUGGACCUUCUCGCAAUAUCUGGUGAUCACGUCUGCAUUCUCGCUGGCUAGUGUGCUCAUUUUGAUUCCGCUUCUAGUGAUCUUCCUACGUUGGCUUCCAAACCAGGAGUACGGUCUCGCUGUGGUUGGCAUCGCAGGCGUCGGCGUCAAGAACAUACUCCACGCAUCUUCCGGGGCUGCGGGCAGUCCUCUCUUCUUUCUGGGCUACGGCUUUGGAAUGCUGAGCAACAUUGCCCCCGCUUGUAUACGUUCUCACGUUUCAAGGCUUCUUCCAGAGGCCGAGUACGGAAGGCUGUUUUCGGUGAUGGCGGCCUGUGAAGCCCUUGCUCCUCUUCUAGGUCGUGUGAUGUUUGAACGCCUUUUUGGUUUAUCCAAGGGUUUCUUUGCAGGGCUUUCGUUUGUAGUUGGCCUCUUGUUUCUGGUCCUGCCUCUAGCCGUAGUAGUAUAUUUCUGGCGCAAGCGUCAGAACGAGUAUGCUGUAAUGGCAGAGGAUCCGGCAGCUGAGAAUGCAAACCCUAGAGCUUAGUUCCAUCCCACCUUUUGUUUGUGCUUGUUUUAUUAGGCAUGGUUAUCAACUUGCACAAGGUAGUUCAAGUCAUCUUUAUGAUUAUUUUCACAAAUUCAUGUCAUCAGGCUGUUUUCUUGACUACCUCUUGCUUUCAUUUUUAGGGGUUACAUUGUCGGGAUUAUUUUUUAUGUGUUGAAAAUGUAUAAGUGUCCUGAGAGUGCCUUCAUAUGUAAUCGUGUUGCACCUGUCCUGUUAGUGAAGUUUUAAGUCUAAACUUGGUGACAGAAAUGUUCCCAGGUCUGUGAUGCUUAAUCAAGUGCCUUCUUAAUGGAGUGCUUAAUCUCUUUUAGAGCAGACGAUAGUUUCCUAUACUUUUGGGUUGUGUGAGGUUUUCUUUUCUCUGUGCUUGUCAGUGUUCAUUAAUCAUUGUGCCAAUCACAAGUGGUUGCCUGUCAUUCAUUACGACUAGUUCCUGAAUAGCAUGUAUCAAAGUAUGUUAGCAUGUUCGUACUGAAAAAAAAAAAGGAAAGAUAAAGAACAUGCUCAUUGAGAAAUCAUUCUUAAUUCAAAACAACUUUGUUCCUACUCUGCUUUAUCUGUGUAUAAAUAUAUUGUUCGUGUUAAAGGCACCACUUACCUGCUUAUGAUUAGGUCAACAAGUUAACUUAAGUAAUAGUUCUCUAUUUAAAGUGCAGUCAACACAUAGCCAUCCAAGUGCUGAAAUACAGAAUGAGCACUAGUCUAUGCUAUGAAACAUUCAGUAUGUUAGUGUACACAACUGAUAAAGGAAUAACCAAAGAGUAUUUGCGUUUGAAUACUGAAAGCGGUAAGAUUUGCAACUGAUGUCUAGUUGCGUAAUUCAAUCUCAUUGCCCUUCUGAGACCAGUUCGAUUCCUGUGCAUGUUCAUGUUGUUCUGUCCAUCCUGUCUGCUUUUGUUACAUUUGCUGCCUAGGGGUCAGAAUUGUGUUAGUGACUCACAUCUAUGCACUGUUAAAAUUGAACAUGGUAUAUGCAGCGGUAGCAUCAGCCGGAUGUGAAAGAAAUCAUUAGGCGUGAACAUAGUCUUCUUUUUUUUUUGUUCCCUGUAGUCUCAAGUGAAUAUUUUUGAUGAUUUGCAACCAGUAGAGCCUAGCCAAAGUUUUAUGCAAUGAAUUGUGUGUGUGUGUGUGUCUCACUGUAUUUAUUGUCAUUCCAUAGUUUUAAUACUGUGAGAUGAAAACGUCAUCUCAAGGUUCUGCCUCUUCAUUUAGAUUUCACCGAUACUCUACAUUAUGUUUCGCUUCAUUGUUGUAGCUCUGCUGAUGUGUAAGCACUGUUUAAUUUCGAGUGCCAGUGAUUAGAAGGCUGUAGGCUAACAUCGGACUGAAGAAGCUACCUUAGUCACAAAAACGGUUGUGUUUGGUUGUGGCAGUUUUGUUCCAGCAACAUGAGUUUAUUAUGGCUGGCUUAUUUCCUCUUAAACGCGUAAUUGUAUUACAUUGUGGCAAGGUUGUGCCCUUUCACUAUUUAGGCAUAAAACUUCAAAUUUUAGUCACAUGUUUCAUACAGUGGGCACUGUUGUAAUCUACUCUUGAGAAUGCUUGUUACUGUCACGAAGCUGAGUUUUGGUGUUGCUGUUUUAGAAAAAUAUCAUGCUUUAAAACCAUCAUGUGCUUUUGCAUAUUUGCAUUAAGCACUUUGUUUUGCAUUUUGUGUCAUUUCUGUUGAAGAAUACUAAAGAAGGAAUAGUUGUGGAUA